AUGAAGGAUUCAGCCUUGAAGGUACUUUAUCUGCAUGAUAACCAGCUGCUAGCCAGAGGACUGCAUGCAGGAAAGGUCAUUGAAGGUGAGGAGAUCAGUGUAGUACCCAAUCGGACUUUAGAUGCCAGGCUGUCCCCAGUUAUCCUGGGUGUUCAAGGAGGGAGCCAGUGUCUGUCAUGUGGGACAGAGAAGGAGCCAACUCUGAAACUUGAGCCAGUGGAUACUAUGGAGCUCUACAUCGGUGCCAAAGAGUCCAAGAGCUUCACCUUCUACCAGUGGGACAUGGGGCUCACCUCCAGUUUUGAGUCAGCUGCUCACCCAGGCUGGUUUCUCUGCAUGGUGCCUGAAGCUGACCAACCCAUCAGACUCAACCAGCAAUCUGAGGACUCAGCCUGGGGUGCCCCCACCUGUGAUGCCACUAUCACGGACUUUUACUUCCAGCAGUGUGACUAG